GAAGAAGAAGAACUUCCUCCACCACUGCUCAAAUCAUCCUGACCAGACGCGGCGCUGUUUGAAUCGAGCACCGCGGCUCGUUUUGGGAUCUUGUCUGGUCCAGGAGAGGUGUGAAAGUCGGACUCGGAAGUUGGUUCUGAUAGUUAGUAAAACUGGACAAAAUGGCAGAAGACAACAGUUAUGAGUCAAUGCUCUGCGUAAAGCCAGAGGUUCAUGUUUACCGGAUCCCGCCUCGGGCUUCUAACCGUGGAUAUCGUGCUGCUGACUGGAAGCUGGAUGAACCUGCAUGGAGUGGUAGGAUGAAAAUCACUGCUAAAGACAAGAUGGCCUACAUUAAGUUAGAGGACAAAAACACAGGGGAAUUGUUUGCCCAAGCUCCAGUCGAACAGUAUCCAGGGUGUGUAGUUGAAUCAGUCACAGACUCCAGCAGGUAUUUUGUGAUCCGGAUAGAAGAUGGCAAUGGACGUCAUGCUUUUAUCGGUCUGGGUUUUGCUGAUCGUGGAGACUCAUUUGACUUCAACGUAGCUUUGCAAGACCAUUUUAAGUGGGUAAAGCAAGAAGGUGAGCUCGCAAAACAGGAAGCUUCUGAGAGCACAGCACCUAAGCUGGACCUUCGCUUCAAAGAGGGUCAGACCAUCAAGAUCAGCAUUGGGAACAUCAAGAAGAAGGAUGCAGGUGGAGCCAAAGCCCGGCCAAUGGGUGGGGGUCUACUCCCACCUCCACCAGGUGCGAAGGUUGGAGGUGUCAUACUGCCGACUGUGGGAGAGCAGACAGUCUCAGCUGUACAGGCGAACACUGAUCCAGCCUCUCUUUUUGACUUUGGGUCCCCUGGCCCCGCAACCCCACCCAGCUCCGACAUGUGGGGAGAUUUCACAUCUGCAGGCUCCAACUCCAGUAAAGAUGCUGUCAAAUCAGGAUGGGUGCAGUUUAGUUGAGUGGUGAGAAAUACUCAGGUUCCAUACAUUCCAUGGACCGGACGAUUGUGGCAAAAAGAAACUAAAAGAGAGGAACUGUUGGCAAACUUGACUGGCUCAUUUGUUCUGGCUGCACUUAAAGAAUAUGUUCACAUAAACUAUAGCCCGCAGAGACAACACACUCUGGAGAAAGAAACAGUAAACAUGUACAUGUUUUUUUACAAUCUCAUAUUUGUGUCACACUCGGCUUUUGAAGUGGGCUCUUUGUUUGAUUUUAGAAGCCAGGAGAGAUCCCUAAAUCAUCAUUGUUGAAGAAUGUGCUCUCCUCAAGACAAAUGUGCAUGUUGAUGGUUGAAAGGACAGGUUGUCUCGUUACAAUAGCCAGAUGAGAACGUCUAUCCAUUGCCUAAAAUCAAAUGUUCCCUUAUUUUAUUUCUAUUAUCUAUUCCUUGUCACUGUUAGUCUGUCCAGAAUCAGAUUUGAUUGUGAUUUACAACAUCGUGCUCCCAUCAUACCGUUCUCAUUACACCAGCACCACUCAUCUCAAAGUUGUUUUUACCAUUUUGGGAAAGUUAGUUUACCCAUUAAAGUAUCAAUGUUUUGUUAAGCUUUAACCAGUAUGUGUGUGUGUUUUGUUUUCAGUUGCAUUAUUUCCUAGAGAUCAAAGCUAUAUUGAUAUUUGAUUAUUAGUUUUACAUUAAACCUCUUAAGCCUUCCUUAAAAAAUACCCAGAUUGUUUUUAAUCAUGGUGUUGGGGAAAAAAAGUCCUGAUGGCCAUUUGUCUGUCAUUCAAAGUUUGAACAUGUUUCGUUCAUGAUUGUUUUUGUGUAUGCCCUUCAUAUGUCUUUGCUUCGUGUCUUGUUGCUUUUAAAAAUGUGCCUUUUACCAAAUAGAAAUUUCCUCAAUCUUGUCGCUAAUUUGCAUCGAGUAUUUGAUUAAGUGCCUUUCUGAAAAUGAUCUAAAAUGUAUAAAAUAUAAACCUAUGUCUUCUUGUAAAUAAACAAUAUAUUUCAUUGA